GUUCUUUUGCAUUUGGUGUGCAGACGCCUUGAGCUCAAUGAAUAUGCCGUUGAGUGUGAUAAAGUACACAAGUGUGCUUGAACUGUUUGUCAACAAGUUACUGCCGUGCACUUUGCGCCCAGAGAUCACAUAAAAGUCUUGAUCCAGUUUGCAACUUUUUCUAUCGACAGAAUCCAUCGCCCCGUUGUGUCCUCCGAAUGAGCGAGCGGAAAGCAAUUGUGAAAAAUGCGGAUAUGCCAGAGGAAGUACAGCAAAAGGUAGUGGAUACUUGCCAAGAAGCUAUGGAGAAGUAUACGUUGGAAAAGGAUAUCGCUACGCAUGUGAAGAAAUUCAUGGACGAGAAAUACGGGCCAACAUGGCACUGUGUGGUCGGCAAGCAGUUCGGCAGCUAUGUGACCCACGAGAGCAAUAAUUUUAUUUACUUCUAUCUGGACCAGUCUGCCAUUCUCUUGUUCAAAUCCGGUUAGACUGCAUAUCACCGAGUCGCUGAUCCAUCAGAGACGGAGAUGUAGACAGUGGAUAGAUCAUUUAUAACUUUAUUUGAUUAAUAAGAUUCGGUUAUUUUUAAAUAUAAGUUGCGCAUUAUUC